AUGGCGGCGGCGGCCCCGGUCCUCGCCCGCGGCGGCGGCCCGGCGUCGCGGCUGCGCCUGCUGUGCCAGCGCUACCAGGAGUACGUGAGGCGGCACCCGGCCGCCACGGCCCAGCUGGAGGGCACCGUGCGGGGCCUCUCCUACCUGCUGCCAGGUCGCUUCUCGGACUCCCACGCCUUGUCGGAGCUGGUCUACUCUGCCUCCAACCUCCUAGUGCUAUUAAAUGAUUGGAUUCUCCGAAAGGAGCUGCAGCGGAGCCUGCCCGUGUCGCUGCCACAGCAGAAGCUGCUGACCUGGCUGAGUGUGCUAGAAUGCGUGGAGGUCUUUGCAGAGAUGGGAACAGCCAGGGUGUGGGGGGAGAUGGGCCGGUGGACCAUCAUUGUCCUCAUCCAGCUGGCUAAAGCCAUCCUUCGUCUCCUGCUCCUGCUGUGGUACAAAGCUGGCAUCCAGACGUCUCCUCCCAUCGUGCCACUGAACAGGGAGCAGCAGCAGCCUCUCCACCCCCAAGACAUGGAAGACAACUGCUCAGGGAAGGAUCAGACCUACGUUGGCAGGCGUUCCAGCCGUGUUGUGCGCUCUCUCCAGAGCACCCCAUCCCUGCAGUCCCGGCACUGGGGGUCCCCCCAGCAGAGGGAGGAGUCACAGAGCCGAAGAGCAGAGGAGAUGAACCAGCCUCCCACCCCUCUGGGUCUCCAAGAAACCAUCGCAGAAUCCCUCUACAUUACCCGCCCUCUGCUCCACCUAUUGAGUUUAGGAGUGUGGGGCCAGAGAUCGUGGAAACCCUGGCUCCUCUCAGCAGUCCUGGACAUCUCGAGUCUGAGCUUGCUGAGUGAUCUGAAAGACCUGAACAGGCGAGAGCGAGCAGAGCUGAGGCGACGAACCAUCCUACUGCUGUACUACCUGCUGAGAUCUCCUUUCUAUGACCGAUAUUCAGAGGGCAGGAUCCUCCUCCUCCUGCGCUUGUUGGCCGAUUACGUGCCUGGAGUUGGCUUUGUCACACGGCCACUGAUGGAUUACUUGCCUGCUUGGCAGAAAAUCUAUUUCUAUAACUGGGGCUGAUGAGAAGAUGAUUAUUCUCUGCUUAGAUCAUGGCUGGAUGUUUCUAAGGAGGGCAAGCAGGCUGGGGGAGGGAUGUUGGUAAUGUCUAAUUUUCAGUUAAACCAUCAAUGAGAAGCUCCUGUUCUGCAGGGU